GUGUUCUUGUUGAAUAAUUUGCUUAGAAAGGUGUCCGAAAACUCUCUAGUUUAGAUAUUUUAACAGGUUCAGGUCAUAACAUGUAUUAUUAUGUAAAAAUAUGUGUUUAAAAUUCUCCUACUUUAAUAUUAUUUACUUUUAUCAUUUACAUUUCCAACACUUUAAAGCACAUUUUCUGGAAGCAGACACUUUGGUGAUUUAUAAAUAAUAAAACACUUUUAAUGAUUGUCAUCUAAUAAUGUUUAAAUUAAUAUAAUAACAUCAAGUUGAAAUGUUUUUGUCGCUGCGUAAAUGUCAAAGUGUGUAUCGAUUCUUACUCGCUGAUUUGGGAAGAAAUAGGUUAGCAAGUGGGUAUUUCCUUUUUUAUCCUCCUCUCUCCCUCACUUCGCUUGCGCGAUCAAGUCCCGUUCUCUGGUCAAGUUCAAUGCGUUGUUCUCUGGCCCGCACGGACGCUUCUUAUUGGUAGGUUGCGACAGUUACAUCACGCCUGCCCAUGACGCGCACGUCUUCCUGUUUCCUUCAGCCGCGUCUUAAAGUGAAUCUUAGUGGCGGAUGAGCGCUCCAGCAUCCAGUCCUCUCCAUCCAGUGCGCCUCAGAGACGCACACGCGCAGCCGCUCUCUCUCUCUCUCUCUCUUUCUCUCCCGUACUCUCUCUAGGUCUCUCGCUCUUUCGGUCCGCGGCAGAGGGAAUUGAAGGAGAAACCGACGCGCCAGAGCUCAUUUCAUCUAGUUUUCUCUGUUUUUCGCCGCAUUUCUUAAAUUUAAUUCCAGCUUUUUUUUCCUCCACGAGUUUUUGUUCCAGUAUCUCCGCGCGUGCCCCCCUUUCAUUGCGCGUUUUCUGACUUCAGGCUUGUCCCCCGCUCUCCGUCUAAAGGACACACAGAGGCUUUGACCCUACAGGACUGGGUUUGUGGGAUAUGGCCCAAUAGCUGCAACCCGUGAUGCCGGACCAUGACAGCGACUCCCUUCUGAACAGACAAACCAAGCGAAGACGCGUGGACAUUGGUGUGAAAAGGACCGUCGGCAGCGCAGCGUCCGCAGCAGCAACCACUGAUAGCAUUGCUCGCACCAAAGCAGCCAUUUUCUGUGCCAUGAACUCUCUGAGCUCCCAUUCUCAUCACGGAUCAGACAACGACUCCAUGGAGUGCUCUGUAGUGCAGCCACAUGGUGGGCCUGGCGUUGUGUCAGCCAGCGACAGCGAGUCCAAGUCAAAUGUACUCCGAAAGCUACUGAAGAGAGCCAACUCAUACGAGGACACCAUGAUGCCCUUCCCUGGCACCACCAUUAUCUCUCAGCUGCUCAAGAAUAACAUAGCUAAAAAUGAGGGAGGACAUGAGAGGGGAGAAAGAGUAGAUAGGGGUGACAGAGGGGAAACAGGCUUCCCUGGAUCAGGGUUCUCUAACGCAAGCUCAGAUGUCCCGCAGGAGGAUGCCUGCAGCAACUCCUCCCAGGACAGCACCCCACAAGAGUGCUUGUCACCAUUUGGUCGCCCCCCUGGCAUGGCAACCUUUGACAUUGAGCGUCUCAACAAUGAACACCUGCGUGCCAAGCGAGCCCGCGUUGAGAACAUCAUACGUGGCAUGAGCCACUCACCGAGCGUGGUGGUGGCCGCUGCUUCCCGCCAUGAGCGUGACCACGACAUGGAUGGAGAGCGGGACAUGGAUCUGGACUGCCCUCCUCUUCAGUCUCAGCAGCAGGCCCCCAGCAGCCCGCGGGGAGGUGAGGUGUGCAGCAGCAGAGAGAACAAGCGUAAGCAGAGGCUGCCUCAGCAGCAGCAGCAGAGCUUCACUCAGCUGGUGUGUCAGAGAAAGGAGCAGAAGCAGGAAGAGCGGCGACAACUCAAGCUGCAGCUCGAGGACAUGCAGAAGCAGCUACGGCAGCUGCAGGAGAAGUUCUUUCAGAUCUACGACUCUACUGAUGACUCAGAACACAACGACCUCCACAAUGAUAUAGGAAACAUGUCAGAGGACAGCCCGGUGAGGUCUGACAAUGGUGGAGACGACCGAGGAGGAGAUGACUUGCGCUCUGACAAUGAGAUGUCUGAUCUGGAUCCAGGCCAUUUCCUGGACAGAGCCAGGGCUCUGCUUCAGGAGCAAGCCCUGCUGGCUGAUGGAGAGAAGCCAAGAAGAGAUGGGCUUGGCCGAAGCAAAGGGCAGAGUGGUCCAGGCUCCUCCAUGCACGCUGAAGGUAAACAGCUCGCCGAAACCCUGAAGCAGGAACUCAACUCAGCGAUGACACAGGUGGUGGACACGGUGGUUAAGGUAUUCACUAAGCCUCCACGUCCUACUCCUCAGCAGGCCUUUCCUCCACUGUCAUUACCCCCUGAACGAUUUCCACCUGCUGUCAAUGGAGACAACCCAAACUUCCACACCGCUAACCAGAGGCUGCAGUGCUUUGGCGAUGUCAUCAUUCCCAAUCCACUGGACUCCUUUGCUAGUAUGCCAGGGAUUCCAGGUGCCACCAAUGACCAAACAGAGGCACUUCCUUUAGUAGUGAGGAAGACACCCAGCGAGCACCACCACCACCACCACCACCAAUCUUCAGCUGUGGGUGCCCAUGGUAGUAAUCACCACCCUGCCCUCCACCCGUCAUCACUCUCUGCCUCCAUGGGCUUCAGUCCUCCAUCCUUUCGGCAUCCCUUCCCUCUGCCACUCAUGGGCUACCCUUUCCAGCCUCCCCUUGGCGCACCCACAGGUGGUUACCCAGGGAAGGACCGUACUUCCCCAGACUCCAUGGACCUGCCCCGGGAGACCACCAGUCUGAGGACCAAGAUGGCAUCAGGCCACCACCUGGGGCACCACCAUCGCUCUUGUUCACCAGCACACCCUGGCAGCACAGCCGAGGGCCUCUCCUUGUCUCUGAUCAAAUCAGAGUGCAGUGAUCUCCAGGACAUGUCGGACAUCUCACCUUACUCAGGAAGCAAUAUCCAAGAAGGUCUGUCUCCCAACCACCUGAAGAAGGCCAAGCUCAUGUUUUUCUACACCCGCUACCCGAGCUCCAACAUGCUAAAGAUGUUUUUCUCAGAUGUCAAGUUUAACCGCUGCAUCACCUCCCAGCUGAUCAAGUGGUUCAGCAACUUCAGGGAGUUCUACUACAUCCAGAUGGAGAAGUUCGCCCGCCAGGCCAUCAACGACGGAGUCACCGGGGCCGAUGAGCUGAGCGUCAGCCGUGACUGCGAGCUCUUCCGAGCCCUCAACAUGCACUACAACAAGGCCAACGACUUUGAGGUCCCCGAUCGGUUCCUGGAGGUGGCGGAGAUCACUCUGAGAGAGUUCUUCAACGCCAUCGUGGCCGGGAAAGACGUGGACCCAUCCUGGAAAAAGGCCAUCUACAAAGUAAUCUGCAAACUUGACAGCGAGGUCCCUGAGAUCUUCAAAUCCCCAAACUGUCUCCAAGAGCUUCUACACGAGUAAACUUCUCUUCCUCCUCGCUCGGCCAUUUGCGCUUUUUUUUUGUUUGUUUGUUUUUUUAUUUCACUGAAUUUCAAAAGAUUAACUUUUUCUCUCCAACUAAACUUUUAAUUUCCUGCUUUUUUUCUCGUAUAAUUAUAAUUUUUUUAUGUAUGAAAGUUAUGGAGUAGCAUUCCCGCCCUGAAGUCUCUCUGCAACAAACCGCCUAGCUGACGUGUUCUUGUUCAUUUAUGAUCACGGUGACUACGUGUUCUGUUUUUCUAAGAUUCUGAAUUGAAAAGACUCAUUUUUUCUAUCCUGAGGUCUUUUUGGACCGCGCGAGCCCUCGUUGGGUUGGCCCGUUUUAUGAUCAACACUACCUGAGUGUGUGGGCGGGGCUCCUCAUCCCACCGCUACAAACACAGGCAGGGUUCCUGAGACUGCACACGCUAACUGGUCCCGCUCAAAGGACACACGUGCACACAAAAUCAAAGCCUCUAGUGUGGUUUGUGACUGGACUAAAACUGGACUUGUGGUACUGGUCAGUGGGACUUGGACUGGUUUCAAAUAGCUACUGAGCUCUACUGUUUUUUUUUUUUUUUGGAGUGUAUUUUCCCCUCUGACUGGGACAUUGUGUUUAUCGGGUGUACAUUAUCGUUUUGAAUGAUUUUGUUGUUUCUGGGUAUUAUUUGUCAUUACUGCUUGCUGAAGAUUGGCACUUAAAGAUUUGUUUGUUCUUCGAUGCCAUUGCAGAAAAAAUAAUAAAUUAUUGCUAUAAAUAUUAUCCCAAGCCGUUUUUUAGAAUUAUGAAGUAUUUUGACCCUUUUCUAGAUAUUUUUCUUGACCCAUUAUUGGAUUUGCGCUUGUUUUUUAUGGCUGGGGCCCUCAGGUAACCUAUUGAGUUGAGGUUUAAUCUUGUCCUGUACCAACAGCACCGUUGCAGGGGGUAAAGGUUGCAAAAAUGCAUGAAAUGCAUUAAAAUAACAGAUUUUAAGAGAAGUGAAAUUCUAAUUUCAAACAGCAACAUUUUAGUAGCUGCUUCAAAACCUUUAACGUCCCAUCACUUCAAACGUAAUUAUUUCCUCUAAAUUCUGAUCAAAGAAAGUCAGAAAAAUAGUUUUGACGGCGCUGUUUGUUUUUGUGAGAUGAAGGCUUUUAUUUUGGCAGGGUAAAAUAAGAAAAUGAAGGGUUUUUUUUAUGGUAAAGGAUACUUUAAGUAAGAAUAUUGCAAUAACUUGAAUAUGUUAAAGAAAACAGAAGGAAAGCUAAAAUGAUGCUAUAGAUGGAACCUGGGACUGGACGCUGUGAGUGUGCGAGGUCAAAGGUCAGCUCUCACCCCCGGGGUUAGAUGGAGGAGUUCUCAGCACUACAAAGAGCGGCACACACCUGGAGCUGGAAGUGUGUUCAGCAGACACGUUAGGGGAUUUACCCCAGAUUCAAAUCCAGAUUCUUCGCUGGAUGUGAUGUUAGAGCCUUCUGCUCCGCUUUGACUAACCUUCUCAGGUAUUCAAGAUUUAAAGAAAAGUUUUUGUUUGCUAGUCUUUUGAUGAGGCGACAUUAAGGCGUAGAUCUCACAUGGGCAACAGCGCUGUGUCACAAAAGAUCAAACGGAGCAGGUAGCUUAACCUGCUGACUUGUCUGAGGGAGACAAAAGAAGGCAGAGAAACUCCCUUUAUUAUCUCCCCCAUUCCUUCUCCUCCCACGGACGGUGUUCUUCUUAAGAUUGGGAGUCCUGAGAGAGAUUUGGACUCUGAAGGAUGGGCUCGGCUCCGAGAGUCUCAAAGCGCCACAAACAAAAGGACACUUUUAUCUAAUGGACAGAUUGUUAUCACACCCCGCCUCUUCCUGCAGCUCCACCCAGAAGUUAAAAAAAAAGAUCUUAAAGCUGUGUUUAAAUACUUAUGCUUUCCUUUUUUAGGGAGGGAGUGUCAUUUGAUAUUCAUGAAUAGAAAAAAUGGAAAUAGUCUCUUUUUUUAAAUAACUAGAAAAUCUAUGAGAGAAAUAUAGUAAAAGGUGAAUUUAAUCAUUUCCAGUGAGUUUUGUUGAACCCGUAUUCUGAAUAAGGGAGUCGCGGGUAGAUUAGAAGGAAUAACAGUAGGUUUUUACAGGUAUUUUUUUUAUUUGUUUGUUUUAUUACUCUACCCUGUUUGUAUAGUGUUGAAUGGUUAUAUUAUUGAGAAAAAUACGAUCUUAUGAGACAUUUUAAGAGUUGUGUUGUGGCAGCUGUAAAUAGGACGAAACAAAGAAGAGCUGUACAGUUUUUUCUCUUUCAUCACUGAGUGCUAGAGACAAGCGAGAGUAAUUAAAACGCUAAAGGGUGAAACGCUCUGCAAAUGGACUCUUCCAAAAGCCUAAAGAGCCCCCCCCCCCCCCCCCCCCUGCACUCACCACCCUGCCAUGCCUUUAACAGGAGUCUGUUUCCCGUCGCCCAUCUUGAAGUUGCACCAGCAUCACUUUUGUUUUACCCUUCUAGCGGAGCGAUGAGCUGGGAGGGGUAGGAGAGGAACAGGAGCACCACGUAACGGGAAACAUGUACAGUUGUUAUUUGAUAUAAAGAACAAUGAAAACAGAGAGAGAGAAAGAGAGAUGAAAAAAUACAAAAAUUAAAUCCUCUUCAUUUGAUAAGUGGGUCUGUUAGAUUUGCAUUGUGUGUGUGUGUGUGUGUGUGUGUGUGUGUGUGUGUGUGUGUGUGUGUGUGUGUGUGUGUGUGUGUGUGUGUGUGUGUGUGUGUGUGUGUGUGUGUGUGUGUUUGUGUGUGUGUGUGAGAGAGAGAGAGAGAGAGAGAGAGAGAGAGAGAGAGAGAGAGAGAGAGAGAGAGAGAGAGAGAGAGAGAGAAGACCGAUUACGAAAACCUGUGAACCGCCGAGUGACACAAUUCUCAACACUGUGGCCCCGCCCCCAUCCGACCCCCCUCCACCCCAUGGGAGUGCCAUCCUGACAUGUAAAUGAUUCCCAUUAAGCCUUGGCAACAUGUGUGUGUGUGUGUGUGUGUGUGUGUGUGUGUGUGUGUGUGUGUGUGUGUGUGUGUGUGUGUGUGUGUGUGUGUGUGUGUGUGUGUGUGUGUGUGUGUGUGUGUGUUCCUCUGACCUGUUUGAGUUUUUGGUUGGUUGUUUGUUUCAAUGCUUUUACUGGUAAUUCCUUUUUAAAAAAUGAUGACAUUGCUCCUCUUUUAUUGUAAUUACGGUAAUGACUUACAGUGAGAGAAACUGCCUUUGUAUAACUUAGCAAUAUGUAAAUAGUGUUUUUGUUGAUGCUUUUUCUAUGACGUCGUUGUUAUUAUUAUUAUUAUUAUUCUGUUUUAGUGCAGUAAUUCCAAGCAGGUUGUAAUAUAAAUCAUGUCAUGGCUGCUUUUUGUUUCUGUUACUGGUGUCUAUUUGUCUUGCAGAUUUUGUGUAAUUUAUUGGUUUAAUUUAUCCUAAUUUAUUUGAUGUUUUAAUUUUUCUAACAGGGAAGGAUGUACUGCAUUUAAGCAAACUGAAAUGACUCUAAAGAUUUUAUCCUUUUUCUAGCAAAAUUAGGAAUCUACCGUAGAGAAACGACUGAAUUAAGAUCGGCAUCUGUGUGGAUGGUCAAAGGGUGUGGCAGGGCAGAGGGUGGAGGAGAAAGCUGAAGAUAGUUUGAAAAAGUUUUUUUUUAAUUAAAACUUUGUUUUUCCUUGAGAUAUUUUCUUUUUCCCUGUAUUUUUUGGCCCAGCCCCAAAAAGAGAGAAAGAGAAACAAAACAACCAGUAGUCAAAUUGCCUUUUGUGCCUUCACCCUCUAUGAACUGAAUGUAUGUGCAGUAUAUAUGCAAGCUUGUGCAAAAUGGAGAAAAUUUUGAGAUAAAAAUAAAAAAUGAGUGCAAAAUGUCAA